AUGGAAGGCAGCGAUCAUGAGACGCCACAAAAAUUUAAAAGUGGCCACCGGUUUAUGGUGCAUUAUCAAGCAUCGGAUGAUGGCAACAAAGUGACGCCUAAAAAUAAACAAUUUAGGAAGUCAAUAAAUCCUAGGACACCGCAGGGUCUGAGCUAUUCCCUGGGCAAUUGCAAUACAAUGAUGUCGUCGAAUAGCAGUAAUGGUGGUAUGCAUUCCAUAUCGAUGGCUGUGAUACAGACGCCGCCGGCAAAACGACAUCAGAAGAUUAAGAAUCCCUUUGAAGCGGCGUGGGCAGAGAGGUUGCAUAUGCCAUUAAUAGCAAGUCCGUCGCUAUUCCAACGCCCCGACACACCGCAAAUGAGUUCCACUCAGUGUGAAUGGACCAUAGAAGAGGUUUCAAGUUUAAUGCCGGCAAAUGUAGAACCCCAUGAAGCUCAAUUCAACGAUUCGCCUGACCCCGAAUUGGAAGCUAAAGCUCAAAUGGCAAUAAGUUCCUAUUUUAAAGAUAAUCAAAUUGUGCCAAGUCCAGUGGAUUGUCCGCUGAGAAGUCAACGUAUUGUGUUGCAUGAUUUUAGUGGCACCACACCCAUAUCGAAACCGGGACGUAGAAUACGUGAUUGUGCAUCGCAGACGGAAUUGACAUUGCCGCCCAUUUUGCCACCAGCUUUGGAAGAAGCACUGAAGCCAUAUUUCCAGCCCCAUUUGGCGGGAGCCAAUAUUGAAUUGAAAAAGUCACGUUAUGCCCAACGUUCGGCCAGCUCUAGUAUAGAUGCCAAGGAUACAUCGCUGAGGCGCAAGCUCUUCGAUAUUCAUAAUGUUCUUAUAUGGGAAAAUGAACAGCAAUUAUUGGCAAAGGGGGCUAACAACAGUUCGGCCUCAGCAAGUGGCAGCGGUAGUGCUGCGGGUGGUGGUCAAUCAAAUUCAAGUCCUCACUCACUGCAGUCGCUACAACAUACAGCCAUUGUGGGUAAAUUAUCUGACUCCUUGGACAAGAGCUCAUUUGGCUCACUUUCACCUAUCUCGGCCUCAGAUGAUCUCUCGCCAUCGUUGGCAGACAAAGGCAGUGCCACGAAACGUAAAUCACGUUUCAAUAAUCUACGUGCCGAAAUUGAGGAACUCGAACAACUAUCGCCCAUACACCCGCCCGUUAGAAGGAAACCAAUUGAGAAAUUAUAUCGUUCGCAGAACAAGGAGAAUAAUCUCAGUCAUGAUAUGACCAACAACACGAGUCAAGAAACAGACAAUGGAAAAUUUACUCCAGAAAGAUCUUCAUCCCCGCUGGCCUCAAUGAUAACCAAUAACAUUGGAGAAUUUUCAUCGGAUAGCUUCAAUAUAAAGGUUAGUCGUUUAAGGGUUAACUCUUCAAAAUGUUCCAACAAAUCGAAUAAAGAACGGCUGACAACAAAAGUGGCGGGAGCUAAAAAUUCCAGCAAUAUUUUACAAGAAGUGGACGUCUUUAUGAAUCACGAAGAAACCCUAGAAGAGUUACUCGAGUACACGGGCAUUGAUGUGGAGGAUAUGCAAAUUUCUCAGGUGUCUGGCCAUAGCUCCACAUGUAGUUCAUCACAAUCAGAUACCCCGCGAGGCAAAAGGCGUUCGGCAAGUCGUAAAAAUUUGUCACAAUCAUUUUCGGCAAAUUGGCUAAACGAUGACGAUGGUGAUGAAAAUGAACAACCCAACAAAGAGGAUAAGAAAUUGAAUCGCAUUUGCCAAGACUUGAAGAAAAAGAAUUUCAAUCCUGCCGCAUUAAUACCAACAAGUUCCUCAUCAUUUGGUGGUGUCAUCCAUCAUACACCGGUUAAUAGUUCACCGAAAAAAUCAUUGACAUUCUAUCGUACGGAUAGUGGUUUUAAUGAGCUAUCACAAAAUUCAUCAGAAUCACAAGAUGGUCCAACAUUGUCACAACCACAUCAACAACACAACAACGAUCAUAUGAAACAAAAUCUAUCGACUACGACGCCGGGCGAACAAAUGAUGGUACAUUGCUGUUCAACACCCUCAACAAAACAGGAUAAGUUUGAUUUUAUGAUUUAA